GCGUAGUCAAAACACUGCUUGCAGAGUUGCGACGCGCAGUCGAAAACGGAUCGUGAUGCGUAUCGGUUGGAGUGACCGUCAUUCUUGUUCCUGUUGUCGUCAAGUGAUGUUGGCGUCGCAAUAGCGAUCGCAGCAAACUGAUAAACAGUAAACUUCUCUGCGGAAAGUAAAUCGCACCUGUGAUUGUGCGUUGCGUGCGUCGCGAGCAGCGUAACACCAGACGAUCGUCGGUGUAGUUUAAUCAGAAACAACGUGCGAGAAUCACGUACUUGUUCCACGAGACUAGCUCUGCUCGGCGACGGGCUCUCCUGAACAGUCGCGUGAAGUUGCCGAGACACCGCGUUUCGCGCGAGCGAGCGAGCGCUCCACGGUGUUGUAACCGGCGUAGUGCGGUCUGCGGUCCUCUGCCCGGUGCUUAAUACUCGAGGAUACUCGAACCGCGUCCCAGAAGGGAGGGACCGACUUAUAAGAGUUUUGUAGGUAAAAAAAAAACGCUCCGAGUCUCAGGUUGAGCGCGCGCGAGAGGAAAUUAUGAGCGAGCGUGAUCGCUUGGUGUGUCGCUGUUUCUCUCGUCAUCGUCGCCUCGUCGCAGCUGCCGGCUGUGCUACGCUCGACUUUUGACACGCCGGCCACGCCAAUCGUCGUCGUCGUCGGCGUCGCCGACGAAGUUACCGGGCACGUAACGAGGCGAGCGAGGUAAUCGCGACCGUUAUCAGCAGCGAGGCAGGAUGAACGGCUUCAGCACCGGCGAGGAAGACUCCCGUGGGGCAGCCGACCAGAUCUGCUGCCUGGUCGACGAGGGAGAGCGAUGCUCACGUCCGGCUGGUAACGCGUCCUACAGCAAACGCAUCCAGAAGACCGUCACUCAGCGGCGGCUCAAGCUCAAUCUCGAUCACAUGGCACGACACAUAUACAUCUGUGAUUAUCACAAACAAGUAAUCCAGUGUGCGAGAACCAAGCAGCAACAGCAACGCAGGCGUAAAGACUCCGAGGAGGACUCUGGUGAAACCGACAACGAUCUUCCUGAAGUCGAUCUUUUCCAGUUACAAGUCGGGACUUUGAGGCGAUACAAAAGGCACUAUAAAGUACCUACACGUCCUGGUCUCAAUAAGGCUCAGUUAGCGGAUACUCUGAUGAAGCAUUUCAAGACUAUCCCGGUAGUGGAGAAGGAAGCUCUAAGUUUCUUCAUAUACACAGUUAAAACUAAUGCGAAUAAGCUGGAUCAAAAAAAUGGUCUGAGUAGUAGCGAUACGACGUAGCGGCACUUUGCAGUGCGACUGCAAAUUUCACCAUGUAACUAUUGUAAUAUUAUUAUACAUUAGUUAUGCAAUAAGUGUAAUAUUAAUUUUUACUUGUAUAUGUAUUUUAUAAGAAACUGUGUAUAAAACAUAUAUA